CUGAUUCAAUUCCUAACGUCGCUCCACACUCACACACUACAGCAGCUGCUGCAGCUUCACCUUUGACAAUCUUCAAAACGAAAAGGGGGACAAAAACCACAAUGCCAGACAAGUACCCUCACUUGCCAGGCGGCAGCAGAGACCGAUCAGGCCAGCCUCCAUCAUCGUCGUGGACGACGAGCCAGCGCCGCAGAUCACCGUCGCCGACACGAAACACGUCGCGGCAGUCGAGUCACCGGAGUCGAUCCAGAUCAAGAUCGCCGCCUCCACAGCAGCAGCAGCAGCAGCAGCAGCAGACGCAACGCGAGUCCAGCCACGCGAGCUCUGACUCGGCUGCCAACCACACACACCCACAGGCACUGGCAGCAACUACUACUACUACGACUACUACUGCAGCCCCAUCCACUGCUGGAUACGAUCCACGCAUGCACGGUCACAAUGGCUGGCCCAGCGCAACGAUGGGCGGACAACCUCAUCCUCAAGCACCUUUUUCACUUGGAGCCAAUCCUUACGUCUACCAUGCUGCUGCCGACAUGCAGGCGCAGUACACGCAGCAGAUGGCAAUGCACCAGCAAUCUGCUGCAAUGACGCCGGAAAUGCGCAUGCAGUACAUGCAGCAGCUGGCGUUCUACCAGCAGCAAAUGUCUGCACAGAUGGCGCAAGGAAUGGCGCCCCAUUCUCAGAAUCCUGCAACAUCCGCAGCCCCGUCAACAACAACGUCAACAUCCGGAUCGCGACCAACGACGCCGCAGAAUACUAGUGCCAGCGCGCCUUUGGUUGCACCGAUUGCUUCAAGGCCCGCGGAUUUCCCACCGGCCGCAGUCCCGCUCCCAGUCUCCAAGCUAAAUUCGUCGUCGGCUUUACCACCGCCAGCAGUCCCGCUUUCGGGUGCCAAGCCAAUCGCACACCCUGCACUGAUGGUCUCAAGGCCGACGGAGUUACCACCGGCAGCAAUUCAGCUCCCAGCGACCAUGCCAAUAGCACCCCCGGCACCAAGCGUGCCGCCUCCUUCCCAGGCCUCUGAUCAACUGCGAGAAGUGUGGGCCAAGCUCGCCAUGCUGCCUCCUUCAAGGCGGCAAACUCUACUCCAACUUGCAGGAAGCCAAGCUCAGCAGCAGACUGAUGCCUCAUCUUUAGCCGCAUUGCAAUCGUGGCAACAAGCGCCGCCGGCUCCAAGCGCUCGUCAAGCCGCCCUGCCGCCAAUUUCUGCGUUGCAAGCCCUGGCAGUUUUACACAACAGGCCUGUAGUGCUACGAGAACUCUCCGAUGAUGGAUGGGACCAAAUGCUGCAGCAACAACAACAGCAACAGCAGCAGCAGCAGCAACAACAACAACUCGCGCCCGUGCAACAAUUGCUCAACCUUGUCCUUCAGCUUCAAUCGGCACAACAAAACGGAUCCAUCCCUGUAGCGCCGGGCGCUGUCGUGGACCCUGCCGCCGCGCUUGUGAAUGCCGUCGCGCUUCUCCAGCAACGGUCGCAGGGCACAAAUCAAACUGCUUUGGCGCAGCCGCCACAGUAG